CUUUUCACCACGCGUUAUAAUUGAUCUAUAAAUACAGGUAAAAAACUCAGCCAUAUUAUUCCAACUAACCUUUGCAAUUUCAUCAAACAGUUCUUACUCAGCUUUCAUCACUACCAAGCUUUAAAACAAUGAAGAAAGUGGUGUUAAAGAUGGACUUACAUGAUGACAAGAUCAAACGAAAAGCUAUGAAGACAGCAUCAGGCAUUUCAGGGGUUGAUUCAAUUUCUGUUGACUUGAAAGACAUGAAGUUGGUGCUAUUGGGUGAGAUUGAUCCAGUGAGUGCAGUUUCGAAGCUACGAAAAUGGUGUCACACAGAAUUAGUUUCGGUUGGACCGGCAAAAGAGGAGAAAGAAAAGGAGGAGCCAGCAAAAGUAGCUGUUCCUGUCUAUGAACCCUACCCCUUCUAUUAUUAUCCUUAUCAUAUGACAUCACCAUUGUAUUCUUAAAAUUAACUUUCAACUAUGUUACAAGUUUUGGAGGGAAUCCUAUGUAUAGAAGUGGUUGUGUUACUUCUGUCAAUUUAGAGUGUUAGAAUAAAGGGUGUGAAAAGUAAUAUC